AUGAAGAAUUUUAUUUAUUUAGUUUGUGUGGCGAUUUUGGCAGAAGCAUUGCCAGCAGAUCGUCUUUCGAAUACUAGAGAUUCCAUUGUGGACCCCUUACCCCAAGAAGAUGAUGACUAUUUGGAAACCCUCGAGUCUGGCAGAUAUAUUCGUGCCGCCAAAACCAUGUCGGAUACCAGUAAGCAUCUGUAUCGAACUUUGUAUUCCAAAAAUGGUCCCUUGGGAAAUUAUUUGCAAAUUAAUUAUCCUGGAGGACACAUUUCAUCCUUAGGGCCAAGUAGUUCUUGUCCCAUAGGAAGAAUUCAAGCAGCACCAACUCUGAGUAAAAUAACUGCGGAAUCAACGCUGCCGGCGGAACAUUAUGAACAAAUUGCACAAUUUUAUUUUGGAUCAUCGCCGUUUUUGCGAAGUUAUCCCGAGCCUGCAUAUAAAGGAGGGGUAUCAUAUAACUAAUAGGGAUGUAAAGAGGUGUUCAAAAGAAAUAGUUAGACCAAAGGCUAAACAACUUA